CUAAAACCAUGGAACCUCUAGGGGGUUCGCACGCGUUUGACGUUGACAGCGGAAGCACGUUCCGGUUCUCCGGUUUCCCGGAAAAGUUAUUAAAAGUUCAAAAAGUGAAAAUGAAAAACAUAUUUGUAUUAUUAGCGGUUUGCACGUUUGCGUGCAGCAUUUCGUUGGCAAAAAAGUUCAAAGAAGAAGAUAAACCAGGCUGGGCCAAGAAGGAUAUUCGGGACUUCAAUGAUGCAGAUAUGGAACGAUUGCUGGAGCAGUGGGAGGAGGAUGACGAUCCAUUGGAACCUGAUGAAUUACCCGAACAUUUAAGACCUCCUCCAUCGAUUGACAUGUCGAACGUAGAUCCUGCUAAUCCGGAGAACAUUUUGAAAUUGUCGAAAAAAGGUCGUACCCUAAUGUCCUUUGUUUCCGUGAACGGCAACCCUACAAAGCAGGAAACCGAGGAUAUAACAAAGCUAUGGCAAACGAGUUUGUGGAACAACCAUAUACAGGCCGAACGAUACUUGAUUGAUGAUAACCGAGCAAUAUUUAUGUUCAAAGACGGAGCGCAAGCUUGGGAAGCGAAAGAUUUUUUGGUAGACCAGGAAAGAUGUCUUGUCGUUUCUAUUGAAAAUAAGGAGUAUCAUGGAAAGCACAAUAGAGAUGAGCUAUAAGUGCUCCAAACUAUAGAAAAUGGACUGCGAUGUGUUUUCAAUGGUUUCAGAAAAGCUAAUGAUUUCAUUAAAUAAAUUGAAUAUUAGCUACUGCUAAAAUAACAACUUAUCACUUAUUCGUCUUCAGUAUAACUUUUUUCCAU